AUGGAAAACCUCACGCCUGAACAAUGGCGCGAGAUUAUGAACAAAAAAAUGCGCUUCCGCCCGGAGCUCAUCAGUGCCAUUCAAGAGGGGAAAAUAGAGCUGCUGAGUGGACUGCUGAAGACGGGUGAUGGCAUCAUCCGCCAGCUGGAUGAAUCUGAGGAUCGCCAGUGGAGGGAGGCUCUCAACCUCUCCAUCCGCCUAGGCAACGAGGAUGCCAUGGAUGCCUUGUUGCAGGGGGUCAAGUUUGACUUCCGGCAGAUUCAUGAGGCCCUCCUUGUUGCUGUGGACACCAAUCAGCCCAUAGUGGUGAAGCGUCUGCUGGACCGCCUAGACCAGGAGAAAGGCAACAAGAUGGACGUGCGAUCCUUCUCUCAGGCCAUCUUUGACCGCUCUAUUGACAACUCACAAUUUGCCCCUGGUGUGACCCCUUUGACCUUAGCCUGUCAGAAAGACUUGUAUGACAUUGUCACCAUGCUCACCCAAAAAGGCCACAUCAUCCCAUGGCCACAUAAAAUAUCUUGUGCCUGUCUAGAGUGUCGCAACGGCCGGCAGUAUGACCUGCUGAAGUUCUCCUUGUCACGCAUCAAUACUUACCGUGGCAUAGCCAGCCGUGCCUACCUCUCCGUCACAUCUGAUGAUGCCAUGCUCAGAGCGUUCAGUCUCAGCAAAGAGCUCCGCAAGCUGUCCCGAAAAGAACCAGAGUUUAAGCCUCAGUACCUGAGCCUGGAGCAGCUCUGUCAGGAGUUUGCAGUUGAGUUGCUAGGGAUGUGUCGAAACCAAAGCGAAGUGACUACCAUCUUGAACAGCUAUGGAGACGAGAGCCAGGAUUCCUUGAAUGAUAAGGCCUUUGAAGAGGGAAUACCCAACCUUUCACGUCUGCGACUUGCUGUCAACUAUGACCAGAAGCAGUUUGUGGCGCACCCAAUCUGUCAGCAGGUUCUGUCAUCUAUCUGGUGUGGAAACCUGGCAGGCUGGAGAGGCAGCCGGACAGCCUGGAAGUUGUUAGUCUCUAUUGGGAUCUUUCUUGGCAUGCCCUUUCUUUGCCUCAUUUACUGGAUAGCACCAAAAUCAAAGGCAGGAAAAAUCAUAAAGAUUCCUGUGAUUAAGUUUCUCCUUCACUCAGCAUCCUAUCUGUGGUUCCUCAUCACCUUACUUGGAGAGUCCAUCACCAUGGAGAUGUAUCAAGACAAAUUUGCAUCCCGGCAACAGAACAUCCUGCACAGCUCCUUCCACAUGGUGUGGGUGGUCGGAUUCUUCUGGUACGAGUGUAAAGAAGUGUGGAUUGAGGGGCUGCGGAGUUACUUCUUAGACUGGUGGAACUGCUUGGACAUGAUGGUGCUCAGCAUGUAUCUAGCAUCCUUUGUGCUGCGUGUGUUUAUAAUGAUCAAAGGUUUUGUCCUCUGCCCUGAUCAGAGCAGCAGCAAAGAGUGUGUCUACUUCACUCAGACUGUGCGUGAUGACUGGCAUCAGGAGGACCCUCAGCUGGUUGCAGAGGUGCUAUUUGCUGUGACCAGCAUGCUGAGCUUCACUCGGCUUGCGUACAUCCUGCCAGCACACGAGUCUCUGGGAACACUGCAGAUCUCCAUAGGGAAGAUGAUUGAUGACAUGAUGAGAUUCAUGUUCAUAUUGAUGAUCAUUGGAACAGCGUUCCUCUGUGGCAUCAACAAUGUGUAUGUUCCUUAUGUCAUCUCUCCACAUCUUGGCAGGUUUAAUGAGACCUUCCGGUUCUUAUUCUGGACCAUGUUUGGCAUGGCCAACCAAGACUAUGUGGACAUGCCGCAGUUUGUGUUGGCAGAGUUUGUCGGACGAAUUCUGUAUGGCAUCUUUACUCUCAUCAUUGUCAUUGUCCUCCUCAACAUGCUCAUAGCUAUGAUUACCAACUCCUUUCAGAAAAUUGAGGAUGAUGCAGAUGUUGAGUGGAAAUUUGCCCGGUCAAAGCUGUACCUCACUUACUUUAGAGAGGGCCUCACCAUGCCUGUGCCUUUCAACAUUAUUCCUUCACCUAAAGCUGUCUUUUACAUAAUAAGAGGUAUCUUCAGACGAAUCUGUUGCUGCUGCAAUUGUACUUCUGAGCAAAAAUAUCCACCUCUAGCCUCUAUGGCCAGCGAUAAGGGGCCUGAGGACAGUCAGUUACCUUACCGGCAGCAGGUGAUCGGGGCACUGGUGCAGCGUUACAUCGAGUCAGCUCGCAGGGAGUUUGAGGAGACCAAAAGGAAAGAUAUUGGCAAUCGGAUCACUGAACUAAGCAAAGCAGUCUCCAGGAUACACAGUGAUAUGAAAGUGGUCCAGCAGCUUGCAAUGGCUGAUGGACAUGCUGCAAAUGAUGCACUGACCAAGGAUGGCUCCUCUGUCCUGGGAAAAUACAUCAUUGGUGCUAAGAAUAAUUUCAGAGGUUUCAACAGCAAGAAUGAUGACAAAAGCACAUCCCUCAAAGUGACUGUACAUCAAGGAGAGGAAGGCGUGGACAAAGACAAGGGUGAUUCAGAGGUAGAGCAAGGGUCAGACACGCAAUCGAAUCAGGUGGAUGAAUGUGGAGCAGAAAGAUCAAAGCAGGUAACAGAGUGUGAGGUGGUGAAAAUGGAGGAAGGACGAGCUCAAGCUGAGCAGGGGGAGAAGGAAACUGAGAAAAAAGAGCAGACUGAGUCAGACAAAAGUGAAAAUUGUAAUAAUAAAGAAACAGAGGAGGUCGCAGAGGGGACUAGUUUUAUUCAUGUGGAAGAAAAGGUGAAGGCUGAGAUCAUACAGCAUGAGGAAGAUAAAAAAGGGGAAGGAGAGAUUAACACAGUGGCAAAGGUGACAGAAAAAGACAUAGAAACAAUACCUGAGAAUGCUGAAAUAGAGGCAGGAUGGAUAAAGGAUAGAAAGUUAGAGAAAAAUGUAUCAGAAAAAUUUCUUAAGGGGAGAGACGGAAACCUUGUAAACAAGAAAGUGAUUCCCUCUCCAACAGGAAGCAGCAGCUCGCAAGACACAGGCUUUGGUUCACAAGACGGGGAAGGACCGAUUGACAGCACACUAGUGAAAGUUUAG